UUGCCCCAACACCCCGACUCUCGCGCGCGUGGCAGACAUCGCCGUUCCCGCUGUCUCCACCCCGUCCGCAAUCUUUGGCCAUCGGGGUUUGAGUCCUAGACAAAGAAGAAUCCCCUAGAGAGUGCUGUUGGCCUGCGCGAGUAGCAGAUGGCGAGGAUAAAGCCGAAACAGUUGCUAAUUCAAAGCAAGACGAAGAAGGGUCCAUCUCGAAUCAGUUAUUCUAGCAUCAUCACCUGGAACCUGAUCGUCGUCUUGGUUGUGCUAUCUCUCUAUGCAACCUACAGGCAUUGGCAUCACACGCCGGCCUUCGAGGCUCAAAUGGAUCUUCCUCGGGCUGAGAAUGUAGAAAUAUCUGAGGAUUCAACAAAAAUAAGUACCCCAAGAUACGCGAUAAUGGACACUUUGAGAGGCUCAAUUACCAUAGAAAUAUCCAAAGAUGCUUCUGCUGGUGUUGUGGACAGAUUUAUCAACUUAUGCAAGAUUGAUUAUUUUAAAGGAAUGCCAUUUCGUCAUGUCAUAAAAAACUUUUUAAUCCAAGGAGGUGAUUUUGAUUUGAAUGGAGCUGCCCAAGAAUGGAUACUGAAAGCUAAAGCUAGUGGAGAAAAUUCUCUCAGUCCAAAGCAUGAGGCCUUCAUGAUUGGGACUACAAGGAGUCCUAAUAAUAAAGGAUUUGAUCUAUUUAUCACGACUGCUCCAAUUCCUGACUUGAGUGACAAGAUCAUUUUGUUUGGGAGAGUUAUCAAGGGAGAAGAUAUUGUGCAGGAAAUUGAAGAAAUCGAUACCGAUGAGCAUUACCAGCCCAAAACCCCUAUAGGUAUCAUUAACAUCAUGCUUAUACAGGAGCUUUGAGUUGACCCCGCUGCUGUACUUGUAUCAAUCGUCAUCUGUCCGUAUACUCUUAAGAAGGCUCAAACAUCUCAAGUUGCUGUUUGUAUUGAUUAUGCGUGGAUGCAAUGUCUGCCCCCAUAUGCGCAUGAAUGGGUUGCAGCAUGCAACGGAGGGGCUUUCUGGCGAUUCCUGGCACUUUGUUCCAGUUCAUACAGCAGCUGUGCAUAAAUUUAUACCUUUGCUUUAUUUUCAAGCGGACAUGCGUUCGGUUGUUACGUUGUAAAUUUCAACAACUUCUAAAAGCAUGAAUAUGUCCGUGACCAUA